AUAGCUGAUUCCCACUGUUAUAAAGAGAGGUUACUGGUUUGAUGUAUCCAUCAGCUGAUAGCAAGAUUAAUAUAACCAAAUGGAGACAGUUACUGAAGAAAAAAUAGAUGAGCUAAUUAAAGCUCAAACUCAUAUAUGGAAUCAUACAUUCCAUUUUAUCAAGUCCAUGUCUUUGAAGUGUGCAGUUCAACUGGGCAUACCAGAUAUCAUUAAGAGCCAUGGUCAACCCAUGACUCUUUCAGAGCUCGUUCUUGCUCUGCAAGUUCAUCCAACUAAAACCCAUCAUCUCUAUCAUCUUAUGCGAGUCCUUGUCCAUUCGGGUUUCUUUAAUUUGCAAACUGCUUCUGAUAAUCAUAGCCAAGAAGGCUAUAUACUAACUCCAGCUUCUCGUCUUCUGCUCAAGGACAGUUCUUUUGAUACUAGACCCUUUAUAUCUCUAGUUCUCGAUCCAGUUGCAACAGAACCAUAUAAUUAUUUAAUACCUUUUCUUCGAAAUGAUGAUCUUACACCUUUUGUCACUGCCUUUAAAGACACAUUAUGGGGUUGUGCAGGGAAUGAGGCUAGGAUUAAUCAUUUGGUUAAUGAUUGCAUGGCGAGUGAUAGCUCAGUCAUUGGCAGGGCAGUGAUUAUUAAGUGUAAGGAGGUAUUUGAAGGGGUGAACUCUUUAGUGGAUGUUGGAGGUGGCACUGGAAACAUGGCUAAGGCUAUUGGCCAAACUUUUCCAAACUUGAAGUGCACUGUUUUAGAUCUUCCACAUGUUGUUGAUAAGUUGCAAGGUAGCAACAACUUGAGUUUUCUUGGUGGAGACAUGAUUCAGGCAGUUCCUCCUGCAGAUGCAAUUUUACUUGAGUCGAUAUUGCAUAACUGGCCUGAUGAAGAAUGCAUAAAGAUACUGAAAAAUUGCAAAGAGGCAGUAUCAGAAAAGGGCACAGGAGGGAAGGUAAUUAUCAUUGACAUGGUGAUGGGAAACCAGUCUUGGGAUGACAGUUUAAUGGAAGGGCAACUGUGCCUUGACAUGCAAAUCGUAAGAGUGCUACGAUCCUAGAAGCUUGCCAGAAGCCGCUUCUUGUCCAGACAUCUUAUCUUUUUCUUUGAUUCGGCGAUCACUUCCCGUCCUUGUCGGACCGCUCUCUAGGCCAAGCUUUCACAAAGUUAAUCUCAAAGAUUAUCAUAUAUAAUUGUAAAUUGUCCCUCAUAACAGUUCUCAAUCAUGAACUUUAGAGACUGCAUUUUGUUAUUACAGACAUUCAAUCUCCACCAGCACCAGCACCAUCACCUUUUUCUUUUCUUUUUUGUGGUGGAAAUAAAGAGUUCUAAUUAUUAUUUAAA